CCUUAACCACUAGACCAUCCUCUGGCCCACUAAGGAAUCCUAACCCCCUUCAGGGGACCCGCCAUCUUGUUUGUAGUCCGCAAAGGACUGCGACUCCCGGCAUCCCUCGCGGCGGCACUCCGCUUCUCCCCACCCUCAUGUAGACACACGCACACAACAAAUCCCGUCGUACCCUUGGGCGGCCGAGCCGGGAGUGGAGGGUUCUAGAAGGCGUGACGUGGGAACUGAGCGGCCGGAGAGAGAGGGGAGGAGAGGAGAGGAGAGGAGGCGGGCUCGUGGUUGUGGGGCCGUCGCUGUGGCGGCGGACGGCUGGGGUCGCGGACGCGGCCUCUUGGUCUCGUCCACCAUGGCUACGCUCGGCCGACCGUUCAGCGGCCUCCCCUUGAGCGGUAGCCCGGACUUCCUGCAGCCGCCCGGCCUGCCGGGUCGGGCCUUCCCGCCGGGAACCGAGCUGGGCCAGCGGCCGGGACUCCGCGGCGCGACGGGCGGCCCUGGCGGGAAAGCGGCGCGCGGACGUGCUGCCAUUCACUGUAGAAAGAAACACAAGCGGGAGGCGGACGAUGAUGAGUGUCCAAUAAGGAAGAAACGACUCACUGAAGCAGAGCUGUGUGCUGCAGAAUGGGCUCUCUGUACACACCAGACUGUAGAAAGUCAUGGCGUGAAUCCAUGCCCUAGUGGCCUUUCUGUACCUGGGAUGUUAGAUGCUGUUUGUGAAGAAAUGGAUCAGACAACCGGAGAGGCACAGUGUGAAGUUGCCCGGAGGAGGCUACAGGAGAUUGAGGACAGAAUAAUUGACGAAGAUGAAGAAGUUGAAACUGACAGAAAUGUGAACCACCUCCCCAGUCUUGUCCUUUCUGAUACCAUGAAAACAGGCUUGAAGAGGGAGUUUGAUGGAGGCUUUACAAAGAAGAUGAUUGAGUCCAUGAGCUGUCCUUCCAUGGAGCUUGUCCUCUGGAAACCUCUUCCUGAACUUCUCCCUGAUAAGCCAAAGCCGUCAUCCAAUGCCAAGAACUACGUGGGAGGAAGAGAGCGCCAAAGGAAACCUCCAGUUGCCAGUGCUGCCUUCCUGCAGAGAACUGAACUGUUCUUGGAACCUCGGCAAACAGAGGUGCCUCCGUACAAUAGUCUGGAGACAGCUGCUAGCUCCGAAGAAGACAUGGAGCUCUAGAACCCAGUUUCUGCUGGUUGAGAAGGCUCCUCUGUUCAGUAGUGAGCCCACCUGCGUAGUAGAGUAUAGGGACUUGAAAGUUUUAUGAAACGGGUGUAAUUUUUCCACCUGUGAUUUGGGGUGGGACUCUCAAUUUUGGGUAGCCAUUUAUUGACUUCAACUUUUUGCCAAGGAAGCUUAUGUCAAGGGAAAAAGUAAGGUUUUUUUUAACAGGUUUAUUCCAGGAAUGGUAGAUCAUAGCCUCUUCAGAGGCAGUUAUAGAAGCAGUAUGUGUAUGGGUGACUAAGUCAACUGUCACAUUGUCUAAGCCAUUCAUAUACAUGGAGAAUAUUCUUGAGUUUAAAAAGAUUAAGAAAGAGUGCCCCUUAAUGCCACUGUACCCUGACAAGUAAGUCACGGCUUUUGCUGACAAUUUGAGCUGUUGUGACUGUCCAUGAUGAUAAGGAAGCAGGAGAGAAGGAGGAAGUUGCUUUAAUUAAGCCUCAUGCUACGAACUAGAAGAGGCCUUAGAACUUGCAUAUUAGUUGUCAGUUCAACAUAGCUGUAUUGAUUAAUCAGCUGUAUUGUCUCCCUUUGGUAAUAGAUACGUUCAGUUGUUCAAUGAUGUUUACAACUCAGUUAACUUUAAGUGAUAGUUAAGAGAUUGUGAGGUAACCCCUCUGAAACUGUCUGUGGGAGAAGUGUCUUAAUUAAUCCUAAGAAACUGUUGUGCCAGCUAAACCCAGCAUUAAUAACUCCUGGAGUUAAACAAGGGAAGAUGGUUCUUGUGUUAGCAAAUUGAGUUUUAAAAUACUAGUUUUGAAACACUGGAUGAUGAACUGAAUACAUAGGCAAGUGACUUUAGAAUUUCCUAAAGUAGCUCAUAGGUCUUGUGCAGUAAGGCCAAAAGUUAGUGGAAAGCAGCUUCUUGCCAGCAGGAGACCUUUAUCUUGAGUACCUAAACCAGGCUCAAGGUGUCCUUUGAGAAUAACCAGGGUUAAAGUUUUUAAUUUCUCAGGAAGAGCUCUUCAGUGUGGCAAGGAAGCACAGCACAAGGUAACAUGACAGUUCUUUUGUUCCUGAAAUCAGACUGGCUCUUUAUCAGCCAGCAGACCACCCUAAUUCAGUUGUUAUUUUCCAGAGUUCCCCUUUGUAGGAAAAAAAGAAUGGUUUAUGCUUUAGGGGUGAAUGUUUAGAAACCAGCUUCCAGGCAGGAAAUGAAACCCAUUCUGAAAUCCCUCCCCUUGUCACAGGUGGCUUAGAAGUCAGCAGUCUAUUAAUUAGACUGUUCCUUCUCUUGCCUGUUGUUCCUGCCCUCUCUAUUUCUGUCUGGAUAGUCAGGAAAGAUUUAAUGUUUAAUAUUUAAACAAAAUAUUUAUGUCUAUACAAUAAAAUUAUUCAAACUUCAAACCAGUUAGAAAUCAGCUGAAAGCUGCUUCAUCUCGGACUCAGAGGUGAAUGGAAACUGCUCUGUGGAAAUGGGCAAAUGUUUGAUUCAUGUCGUUUCAAAAACUCCUGGUAAAAUUCAUUGUCUAUGGGACCAACUUGUACAGUUUGUAGCCUUAAAAGAAGUCUAUGUGCAGAAAAGUCCUAGUAUAGCUCAGAAACUGGACAGGGGAUUGCCAGAGUUUGGAGUUCGUCCCAGUGUGAGAGGACAGGAGGGUGGCAACUCUCCAAAGGAGCCCCCAAACACUCUAGGACUGGCUUCUGUAGGACUGUAGGCCUCCGAGGAAAGGUCUAAAACAAGGAUGCUUGGCAAAUACAGGAGAGAACUAGGAUUCUGCUAGCUAAAAUCCAAGCAGAACUUUUUGCAGGAGUUCUUACCCGACAUGAUCAUUACUUCUACAGGAAAGUGGAGGGAGGGCUAACGCUCCUCUCUGGACUUCAUCUUCUUGCACAUGUUUGUACACAGUUGUCCUCAUCCCUGUGGUGCUCACUCAUCCGCGCCGUUUCACAGCCCAGUGCCUCUGCGUUCCUUUUCCCUUUAGCAUAAGGCUUCUGCUUUUGCCUUAAGGUUUCCCUAGGGAAUUCACAGGUCUUCAUUUUGUACAGUUUUUACGGCAUGGAUCAAACAUUGGCUUGUGCUAAUGUGUAAAGAUAAGCAAUUAUCUAAAGCAGGUGAGCUUUAAAUGAACAAGUGGCUUUUUCUGAGUUUCAAUAAGGGUGUGUAUAUGAUUUUUUGGUUAGCUGGCUGGCUGGUUGGUUGGUUUUGUUUUCAAGAUGAGGUAAAUCCAAUUUUCACACUUACGAGUCAGUUAAAAAAUAACUAUUCAUUCUUGAAAGGGUAAAAUGCAAAAGUUAGCAGGGCAUGGUGACACACGCCUUUAAUCCCAGCACAGAGGCAGAGGUAGGAGGAUCUCUGUGAGUUCAAGGCCAGCCUGGCACUACAUAGUGAAUUCCAGGUCAGCCUGGGCUAGAGCAAGACUCUACCUCGAAAAAAAGUAUAAGUUAGAAAAAUAACUAGGAUAGAGUCUAGAGCCAAGGGAAAAAUAUUUACUAGUAGGUUUGUUAUUUUGGAUCUGGAACCUUGUUCUUGUAUAAUAACAGGAAAGGUGAAGUACUAGGAAAGUUCUGGAAGAUGCUGUCAGUUUCACUUUAAAAUGAGAAUCUGGUAUUUCUGUAUUACCAUUUUCAAUAAAAUUUCUCAGCUGUUUUA